UCGAACAGCGUCGAGUUGCUCGAACCUUUGAUCGCUGUUCGCCGUAGGUAAAACCAAGAGUGUUGUUGUUCGAAAAGCGCCCGGUGUGUAGGUGGGUGGUGGAAUAAACGUCGAUCGCGAUCAUCCGCUCGAUGCAGCCGAUGCUGUGCGGUGAUAGGUGAAGAAUGUUAUAGUAAAACGUUGUUUAUACCUAGAAAAUUAACCAGCAGUGCCAACAAAUUCUACAUACAUUGAUAGCAUCUGAGCAACAUUGAAGUUAUUGAUAUCUGUUACAAACUAUUAUCAGUGCAGUGCAAUUUUCGAGAUAUCACCGCUGUUGCUGUACUGGUUUGGUGGUAUAAAACCUGAUAAGGUUAGGUGCCCGUUUAACGGAACUGGAGAACGCACCAGGAAGUGCACGAACGAGAGUUUGGCCGGGCAUCAUAGCGCCAUAUUGUCGACUAUUUGUGGCGAUCUUGCUGUGGAUGCCUAACCGAACGACCCCACGGUCGGUCGUUGGGGAACCCCUACCGAAUUCGAUUUACGCCAUCAAAAGCCGGUGGAAAGGUGCCUCAAUAAUUGCCUCAAAGUCAAUCGUUUCACCUUAAACCCCCAUCCCGGCAAGGGGCGAAGGUCAAUACAACCGUACCGGAAGUGCAGUGUAGAGCGUUGUGAAUCGUUGUGAACAAACCGAAACGUUUGUUGCUGCCAAACAGAAGGCUUACGGUGAAUGCACACCAAAAACGAAAGCGUCCUUGACAUCAUCUCGGGAUAACGGCACAACGGAAACUGAUGCCUAGUGCUAUCAAUUUUCAAAGAACGCGUUGGUCACUUCAGUAAGAUAGCGUUCCGCCAGUUUUUGAUUUUUGCGUUGCUUCUGCUUCAUGCUUCACACAAACCGGCAACGUCAGCAUCCCCGACAUCUUCCUUGUGACCGUCUGUAGCACCGACGGCUUCCAAUCGAUCGAUGAAGUCUAAAGUGCAGACGAGCUUUAGACAGAAUGCGUCAUCAAUCGGGCGAUGGGGACGAUCGACAACGAACCCGGUAACCAUUCCAGGCAGUACGGCCAGCGGAACGGCUGAGGGAUACAGCUACACGUUGACCAGCAGUCCGAGUCCUCCAAAUAGUCCUCCCAUCAAUAUGCCACCGCCAAUACCACCUCGACCUGUGAUACGACAGUCCAGCUUCACGAAGAUAGGAUACAUGAUCAAUACGGCCGUCAACGGAACUAAAAAACAAUUCAGCAGUGGUAGUAGCAACAGCAGCAGUAGCAACAGUGGUAAUGGCGAAACAUCGUGGUGCUUUUCACAGAUAAAGGGUGCCCUGGAUGAUGAUGUUACCGAAGCCGACAUCAUUUCCUGCGUCGAGUUUAAUCAUGAUGGUGAACUUUUGGCCACCGGUGACAAAGGAGGAAGGGUUGUUAUAUUUCAGAGGGACCCGUCUUCGAAGGCAUCCACACCGCGGCGCGGUGAAUACAACGUGUAUUCCACCUUCCAAUCGCACGAGCCAGAGUUCGAUUACUUAAAGUCGCUCGAGAUCGAGGAGAAGAUCAAUAAAAUAAGAUGGCUGAAACGAAAGAAUCAGUCCCAUUUUCUGCUUUCGACCAACGACAAAACGAUCAAGUUGUGGAAGGUGUCCGAGCGCGAUAAGCGUGUGGAGGGUUACAACACGCGAGAGGACAAUGGUAGCAUCCGCGAUCCUGCCUCGAUCAAUACGCUGCGGGUUCCGUCGAUCAAACCGAUGGAUCUGAUGGUUGAAGCGUCGCCACGUCGUAUUUUUGCGAACGCGCAUACCUACCACAUUAACUCGAUCUCGGUGAAUUCGGAUCAGGAAACGUACCUAUCGGCAGACGAUCUGCGGAUUAACCUGUGGCAUCUAGAAAUUACCGACCAGAGUUUCAACAUUGUCGACAUAAAGCCGGCUAAUAUGGAGGAGCUGACGGAAGUGAUCACCGCGGCCGAGUUCCAUCCGACAGAAUGCAACGUGUUCGUUUACUCGAGCAGCAAGGGUACAAUUAGGUUAUGUGAUAUGCGCUCUUCGGCGUUAUGCGACCGGCAUGCAAAGCUGUUCGAGGAGCCGGAAGAUGUGGAUAUAACGAAUAAAAGCUUUUUCCGCGAAAUCAUCAGUUCGAUUAGCGAUGUGAAGCUGAGCAAUUCCGGGCGCUACAUGAUCUCGCGGGACUAUCUGAGUAUUAAGGUGUGGGAUUUGCACAUGGAAACGAGACCUAUUGAAACGUAUCCGGUUCAUGAAUACCUCCGUACGAAGCUGUGCUCGCUGUACGAGAACGAUUGUAUCUUCGACAAGUUCGAAUGUUGCUGGAACGGCAACGAUUCGGCAAUUAUGACCGGCAGUUACAACAACUUCUUCCGCAUCUUUGACCGAAACACGAGUAAGGACGUAACGCUGGAAGCGUCCCGCGACAUUAUCAAACCGAAGACAGUGUUGAAGCCGCGCAAAGUCUGCACCGGUGGCAAGCGGAAAAAGGACGAAAUCAGCGUUGAUUGUUUGGCCUUCAACAAGCGGAUUCUUCACACUGCUUGGCAUCCGCUCGAAAACAUCAUCGCCGUGGCCGCAACCAAUAAUUUAUUCAUAUUUCAGGAUAAGUUUUAGCCAAUAGUAAUAAUAGUAGUGAGGAUAAUUAAAUAUUAUUCUAAUUGUAAUGAUUAUUAUUAUUAUUAUUAUUGAUAGAGUUUCCUGGGCAAAGGCAGAGCAAAAGAACUGUAGGGGGAAAUGGGGGUUAUGUGAAAGGGAUGAGACGGCAAUAUUUUGGCAUACUCUGUAAAGCGGUUGGGAAAAUGCAAACGAAUUGAUAGAAAUAGUGUUUUCGAAACAUGAAAAUUUACACGUUUGUUUCGCGGGACACCAUAGAAAGGGGAGCUGCAGGAGGAAGAAAACAAUCAAAUGGUUUGGGGAAAACCGUCUUUGUUGUAGCUUGUCGAAUAAUUGGGCGUAGUAGUGGAUGGUAAAUCUUUCACUGAAAGAGCGUGUAAAGCGGAAGUGGUGGCCACAUAAGAGGUAGCUAGGAUAGACGAUGUACGAUGAUCCGGUUGCAUUGCACUGCAUGUUAUUGAAGCACAUGAAGGUGAAACAGCUUUACACACAGUUCAUAUUCUGCGCGAAAAGACAAACAAGCCGGUGUUGUGCGCUGAUGUGCGAUCUGUUGCGAUAGAUUUGUCGUGCAAAUUUUGUCCCAUUCAAUUCAGGUGGCAUUAAUGGUGUUAAUGAAUAAUCGGAUCCUUCCUUAUUGUUUUGCAUUUUUUUUGUUUGCUGUUAAGUAACAACUGUUUUGGUUUGCCUAACGCCUUUCUCCCCCCGGCCUAGUAGUAGUCCCAGGAAACGCAUGAACAAGAGCAAUCCGAUCGUUAUCCCCGCCCCAACAAUAGAAUCAUGAGUGUUGUUGGCUUGCAAGACGGCACUAUACAACAGAACAAUAACUACUAAAACGCCAUGCAUGUGUUUGAGUGUGCGGGAAUGUCGUGUGAAUAUGCCGAUAAGGAUGAGUGCGUAGAAUGAGCGUGAGCGCGAUGUAUUUUGAGUGCGAUAUUGUUGUGCGAUCGGGAUGAAUUGUGCGUGCGUGGAAUAUGAUGUGAGUGUGAAAAGGAAUGUACAUCGUUAAUUCUAGAUUCUAGUGAAAUAAACCAGUUAGGCCGGUGUUUUGGGUAAAGGAUUCUAGCAACGGAUUGAAAACAGUGUAAAAAAAAAAACGAACCCCCCGUGUGGUGUACGUGACGGGUAUCCGGUUACAGCCAGGACGAUAAGCAACUGGAAGAAUUUUGCACAUAGCAGUAGGGAGAGAAGGGUAUCAGGAAUAAAACGUCAAUCUUGAGAAGGAGAUUCUACGGGAUAUUGUAAAUCAAUCCUUAUUUGAUUAAUUUCGAAAUUACUGAUUGAUGGAUUUUUAUUCACUUGCGAAUCGUUGCCUAUCACCAUCAUCAUCAUUUCGCGAUCCAUGCUAUCAUUAGAGAGAAUUACAAAACCAUAAGAAUUACGGACAUAAUGACGCAUGAAGAUUCACGAGAUCGUGCACCGGACACAUCGGACAAAACGUAAUCAACGCAUCAAAAGGUUUAAUUAAGAAAAGGCUAAGCAAAAUAUCAGCAUACUUCGCAGCUCAAUAAUGGUUAAAAACGACAGUACCUUUUCUGUGUUGAUUUAGCAUAAAGCGAGUGUAUGUAUGUAUGUAUGUAUAUGGAUUGAGGGUUACGCGCGCGUAUUGAAUCAACAUUAUUCGAUAACCUGCUUUCAACUUUCACUCAUUUUUUAAUUUGCGAAAUGCAAUAUGGUUUUUUUGGAAAAUUGUGCAAAAGAGGUGCUGUGUGACUGAAAUCACCUCCCUCUCUCAUCAACACUUUACUCCCACACACGGUCUCGGCUAUUCCAAUUGCACUUUUUGCAGCCAACUACAGCGAGAUUAUGAACGACCAUUAUUGGCCAUAGUAAGUUCGGUUAAUGAUGCCACAGUUCGAUAAAGCUUUACGCAUGAGGGAUGUAUAACACUUAACACAUUUGUAUCGUUUAUUCUGUUUUGCAUUUAAGCGAAUAAGGCUGAAGCUUAGGAAAAAGCAAAAUGAAGGAGGAAAUGAUCAGUAAUAAACGACAGCAGCAAAUCGAAAACAAAACACUCACCGCACUUAAUGACGAUGCAUUAAAAACAAACUAAAGCUAGCGAGAGAAAGAUGGACAAAAUUUAAAUAUUAAGCUAAGCGGAAGUGUAACCAGCAGAAGCGAUAUGCGUUGCGACAGCACAAGGCAUGGAAUAUAAUGGAAGGUUGCUGUAAAAGGGGUGUGCGCUAGAUCACAUGCAAUUGGAAUAACUGUGCGAGACAGAAGAGUGUGUGCUAAUUUGGAAAGGGUUGUGUAAGCACGAUCGGUGUUGUCGAUCGUGUCAUAUGAAUUCCGUUUAUUGGUUUGGCGGGGGGCAGUUAGAAGAAGUUUACACAAAGUAAGAAGGCAAUCAGGUGUGAAAACGCAUUAUGCUACAUCCUGCAAAAGAUACGUACGUGGUUAUGUGUAGUGUAGCGUUUUAAAAACAAUUCCUUUGCGUUAGUGUUUUUUUUUUAAACUUAUUCUCUAUAUUAGGUUAAACUUUUAUCCCACUUACGUUGUUGCUGCCUUUGUUCCGACUUGUUUUAUUAUAUUAGAGCUUUUGUUCGUUUGUUCCAGAAGCAUUUGUGCAAGUUGCUCGGUAUCGCAGAAGAUCGGGUAUCGCAGAACACACACUCCUUCGCCGCCUUUGCAUCUGGGUGAAAAGACAAACGGCAGGCGGCAACCACGAAUGGUUUAUUGAUUGAAUGGAAAUGCGGGGACAGAAUUGCUUGUAUAUGAUGGCAUGUGAUACUCGUGUUUACUUCGUCUUGUACGAUCGCAAAAGACUAUAGACAACAAUAUAGGAAGGUUGAGCUGGAUGAUGAUAGUGGGAGUGGGUAAGAAUAGCGCAGGAACAAAGAUGAAAAAACACAAAAGGGGUAACGAACGACGAAAGGGGGUGGUGUGAUCAAUGGAAAUGCUUGCAAAGAUAUGGCAUAGUGGCAGAGUGGUAAACAAGCAUAUACACAAACACAAACACACACAGCAUUUUGGCGCAGAGACAAGGAAGGAAACGGGGGAAUGGUUUAUGAAAUCCAGGAAACGAAGCAGCAUAAGCGAAGCAGCAAGAGAAACAACAAAAAUCAAAUGAAAUAAAACAAUGAAAUAAACCACA